AUGUCGCACAGGCCUCCUGACUCGAGCUACAUCGGCUUCCACUCCAGCCUGUCCGCAGGCGGUCCUUCUCGACCCUUUCACAACGCCCCUCGACCUUCCUUCUCAUCACCGCCUCCUGCCGCUGCUGGAUUCCAGCCAGGCCAGAUCAUUGCAUCACCGGCGCUCACGAGACCCUUGGCGCAGUUUGCAUCUUUUCAGCACGCCCAGCAUCCCACUCCUGUGACAUACCCACCUCCUCUACAAGCGCCGCGCCUACCUUUACCACUGACAGCGCGAGGGCCUGGCUUUGUGCCCGCACCACCAUCCUUUGCGCCAGCGCCACGACCACUGCAGCACAGCAGACACGACGUAUUUCGUCCUGCGCCCAGCUCAACCACUUUCUAUCAUCGACCGCAGCCACCUGGCUUCUUGCACUUUGCGCCGCCGCCCGUGUCGGACUUUGCCCCCUUCGAGCCAUCGCUGGUCCCCAGACCCACUUGGAGGCCACCUGGACCUAUAUUGAAUCCAAGCUUUCGCGCCGAUUCUGAAUCGUCCGGUCUGCAGGAACCUUACGCGAUCCCAGCAGAGAUUGCAAAGGAGCGACGAAGGUCGGCUACGAUCUCGGUCAACUCGCGACACUCUGCGCAGGCUCCCAGCUUUCACUUUCACGCUACUUCGCCCUCUUUGGUUGCGCCGCACCAAGCAGAGUCGUUUCGAAAGCCUCGACGAUUGCAAGACAUGUCUUUCGCAGGCGGCGUAGCCUUCUCAUCCGCGCCCAACCACUUUGCAGCAGCGCCGGGCAGCUCGAGCUCAAGUAACUGUGCCAGCACAUCGCAAAUUGCCUGGCGAGGGCAAGAGGCGCAUACACUCGCAGCAUCCCGAACACGGAGAAGGAGCUCGCUCGGUAGGCAGUCUGUUGGAGCAGUCUCGGAGCACACGCAAGGGCCACUACACGCCUCGGUUGCCUCUGCGCUCUUGGGUGAACCUCGGCAAGCUUUCGCAAACCAAGCCGCUGGACUCGUACUGACGCAGAUGAGCUCAGGGAUGGAUGAACGUGCUUCUUUCAGCGGGUUGAACGGCUCGCCAGGAGGCUUCGGGGACGGCGGCGACGAUCGAGGAGGUGGUGCGCGGGAUCGCGGGUCGGGAGGAGAUGCCAGUGGGUCGCAAAGCCGGCGCGAAGGAAGCGGCGGUGGAGAUGGAGGAGGCGAGGAUGGCGAUGCGGUUGCACAGGAAAAGGAAAAGGCAAGAAAGGCGAAUCCGCUCGUCGAUCUCAUCGAGACGGAGACCGCGUACGUGAGCGAGCUGAGCAAGAUCAUCAGGGUGAGUGAGCGCGUGUACGAAGCGCGGCUUUUUGCGAGAGCAAGCAGUUGCUAAGAUGGUGCCUCGGGUCCCUUCAGCGCGUUGCCGCAGCAUGGAGUCGCUCCAACUUUCCUCCUCCCGAACUGGAUACCAUGUUUCGCAAUGUCGAGUCCAUCUACCGCAUCAAUCGCGGCUUCCUAAAGGUGAGUGUGGCGUGCAUGCGCUCCCUUGCUGCUUUCAAGCUGAGCGCGUGCCUCUCUACAUUCCAGUCUCUUCGCGAAAUUGGACCCAAUCCUUCGUCUCCCAGAGCGCUCGGCGACCUGCUCAUGCGAUGGGUGAGUUUGGGGCGAUCGUCCAGCGCGUCGAUUCCCGCUGACACUAGCUGUCUGCACAACAGAUCGACGACCUCGAAGCGCCUUACAUGCGAUACUGCGACAACUAUUUCACAGAUUUUGACACCUGGAAUUCCGUUCAAUCCAAUCCAAAGCUCCCACAGCUGCUCAAGGAAGUCUCAGAGUCCACCCUGCCAGAUGGCUCGCCCGUAGUCUUUUCAGAUCGAAAGCGCAAGCCAGGGGAUGUGUGGACGCUUGACGACUUGUUCGCAUUGCCGCAGCUUCGUCUCAAGUACUACAAGAAGCUCUACUCUCGCCUACUUAAGAGCACGCAAGCUGGCCGCAGCGAUCAUCGCCUCCUUGUCAGCGCCAACGACAAGCUGGAUGAGCUGUUGGAGCGCUCCAAGAAGCGCAUCGCGAUGAGCGUGCUCGAUGAGGGCCCCAUGCCUCGCAGUCGCGAGAGCCUCGAGAGCUCGACGGGCAACACAACAAAUGGAACGCACGAGUGAGUCUUCUCUCUGUCGAGUGGGUGGUGGCCCAAAGCAGCGCUGCAGCUCAUAGUCGCCUCGCCUCGCCUCGCCCUCGUUUCAGCAGCACGUUUCCCACGCCUAAUCGCGUGUCUUCGGCCACGUCUGCUUCUGGUGAUCGUGAAGAGAAGCCGCCCGUGCCGAAGAGCCCUCUGGCCAGUCCUGGUUUCGCUCCAACUCGCCCCGCGCCGGCAGCCGAGCAAGUCACUGCCUCCAUCUCAUCUGCUCCGAGAUCGCCACCCGUCGCGCGACCAGAAGCGCCAAAGCCAAAUGUCGUGCGCGACAGCGAUGGAGCGUCUGCGGACAUUCUCGAGACGCGUCUGGAUACAGCACGGACGCUGGACAUUUUCACCAUGAGGCCAAAGGUGAGUGGCCGCAUCGUUCGCAGCUCACGCGCUCCUGCUCACGCGAUGCUUGGCCCCCCUCUCAGAAAUGCCAACUUCGCAUGAAUACGCCAGGUCUUCCCUUUACGCGAUCUUUGCGCAAGGGCGGAGACGUCAUGAUGCGCUUCACGCCCAAUUCCACUGGCAGAGAGGUGGUUAUCCACCGAGCCUACAUCUUCCUGCUUACGGAUUUGUUUUUGAUUUGCGAGCGUAUGACACCGAGCGAAAGAGCGGGCAAUCCGGCGACGGACAUGUGGCUGCUGUACCCUCCCCUGGCCGGCAAGCACCUGCGCGUGUCACCUGAUCAGUCUGGUGAGUGGCCACCACGACUCUUGCUGGCGGGGCGAAAAUCUGCUAAAUCCGCUGCACCUUUCUGCUCAUGCAGGUCAAGGAUUCUCGAUUCUGAUCCUCAAGAAAGAGACGCUGCACAUCAGAGUCGAUUCUAGACAAGACCGCGACGACUGGUUGGCGCAGUUCGACGAGUGCUUCAAUUUCACCGCUGGCAUGGGGCUGAAGGUGCAGACCGGAAGUGCUCUCCAGCCCGGAGUCGCUUCAGGCAACGGACCCCCCGUACUCUCUCCUUCCAUCUCGGUCACGCCUUCGUCGAUGAACAACCUGUCGGCGGUGGAAAGCGCUCUGAACGACGCAUUUUCCCCCCACACUUCUCUCGCCUCGAGCCUCGGUCGCGAAGGCUCCUUUAGCUCGGUCCAAUCGUUUCCGAAGUCGACGCAGCCUCCCGCAAAUGGAGUUGGCUCUCCGGAUCUUCGCAUUCCACCAACAUCGAGUCCCAUGUCUGGUGCUACACGGACCCCUUCGCCGAACAGCGCAGGUUUUGGUCCGCGUCCUGGAGGACCGAGCGGUCCGGGCAGAGCGCCGGUGGUCAACGGCAGGCCGCAAUAUAACGGGACGAAUGGAAGCCCGCCAGUCAGGCCCCAGCAGGGUGGACAGCCCUUCUCACCGGGCGCUUUGAGUCCAGUCACAUCUCCGCCGUUUGGCGCGCAAGCUGGAGGUAAUCAGAGACCAGGCCGUCCGCCCCCGCUCAUGGCCAAUGGGCAAAAUGGUCGCCCUCUUGGUCCCGGUCCCGGUCGUGGUGGUCCUGGCCCUGGCCCUGGACCUGGACCUGGCCCGAACGCCGGCUUCAAUGGACCGCGGCGACCGGGGUACGGGCCAGGCGGUCCAGGACCACGAGGUGGGCCGGGCUUUCCCCCAACCGGUCGACCCCAAGAUCGCGACAAUAUGCGCAGGCCGUCAGCUCCAAACCUUCGCAGUCCUCGCGGAGACAGCAACGGCUUCGACGAUCUGCCUCCUCCGCCGGGGCGAACGCGUUCGACUUCGAGCGCAGAAGGGCCCGCCAAGCUCCCCAGCGCAUUUUUGCAGGAUCCCAGUGUGAGGAGACACGAAUCUUUCAGUCCUCCUGGAAGUCCGACCCUAAAGAGGAGAGGGCCCUCUACGAGCACGGUGAGCGCCCAGAUGCGCUGCAGACUCUACCUCAAGCAGAAUCACGCACAGUGGAAGUCGCUCGGAGACGCGAGGCUGAAAGUGUUUCACAUUCAGCCGGACGAGACGCGCCAAUUGGUGGUGGAAAACUCGAAAAAGGUGCUGGUCAGCUCGCUGAUCAUGCCCGACUCGGUGGAACGCGUCGGCAAAGUCGGCGUCGCUGUAGAGGUCAGCGAUGCGUCUGCGGGUGACGGCGAAUUGUCUCGCACUGGUAUCAUCUACAUGCUGCAACUUCGAAGCGAAGACAGCUGCGCAGGCUUGUAUGGAGAGCUGAAGGGGAUGUAG